CUGGAAACAGAGGGAGUGUGGCGGCCGCCGCUGCAGCCCUUGCUGUGGGGCUUUGCCUGAAGAAAAAAGAAAUCUGGAGGGAAGUCCCGGUCCGAAAGAGAGCCUUCCCCCGUUACCCGGCCCAGGAUGACCGAGGCGUCCACGAGGCUCCAAGUCCUGGGCCCCCGCCUCCCAGAGGACCAGGAGAGAAUUCCAAAAGUGAAGGUGGAAGAAGCCCGCGCCUGGGCCCGGCAGGCGUCCACACCCCAAGACUCCUUCUCUCGCACCAGCGAUGUCUUCAGACAGCGGUUCAGACAGUUUAGCUACCGAGAGACCCCCGGGCCCCGAGAGGCCCUGAGCCGCCUUCAGCAGCUUUGCCACCAGUGGCUGCGGCCAGAGAUCCACACCAAGGAGCAAAUCCUGGAACUGCUGGUGCUGGAGCAGUUUCUGGCCAUCUUGCCCGAGGAGCUCCGGACCUGGGUGCGACAGCGUCAUCCAGAGAACGGAGAGGAGGCCGUGACUGUGCUGGAGGACUUGGAAAGAGAACUGGAUGAACCCGGACAGCAGGUCCCAUCAGGUGCUCAUGGACAGGAAGUGGUCUUGGAGGAAAUAGUACCCCUGGAAGGAGGCCAGGAAUCUUCAUGUGCCCAGCUCCAACCCAUGGAGGCCAAUCUGGAAUGUGAAUCUCUAGAACCACACAACCUACAAGACAAUGGAUCAUUUUUGUGGUUCUCCAUGAUGUCUCAAAGUGCUGGAGAUGAAGACAUUGGUAGUUUGAAUGGAAAUGAAGUGGAAAUACAACAAGAGAGCAUGAGAGAAAAAUUCCUUAAAGAUCUUGCAAGUCUACUGAAAAGCAAAAGUAAUAACACAAAGAUAUUUUCUAAAGAGAAAUACUGUCAGCUCAUAAAGGAAGUAAAAGAAGCUAAAGCAAAGGCAAAAAAGGAAUCUGUCGAUUAUCGCCGUUUGGCCAGAUUUGAUGUAAUCCUUGUACAAGGAAAUGAGAAACUGAUUGAGGCUGUUAAUGGAGAAACAGACAAAAUACGAUAUUAUUUACACAAUGAAGACUUAUUUGAUAUUUUGCAUGAUACACAUCUCAGUAUUGGACAUGGUGGGCGUACUCGCAUGGAAAAAGAGUUGCAACCAAAAUAUAAGAAUAUCACAAAAGAGGUUAUAAUGUUAUAUUUAACUCUUUGUAAGCCCUGUCAACAAAAGAAUUCAAAGCCGCCAAAGAAAUGUGUUGUGUCUAAGCCCAUAAAGGAAGUUAAUUCAAGAUGCCAAGUUGAAAUCAUUGACAUGCAGUUAAAUCCUGAUGGAGAAUACAAGUUUAUUAUGAGUUAUCAGGAUCACCAAACAAAGUUAAGUUUUUUGCGGCCAUUAAAAUCAAGAAGGUCUGAGGAAGUGGCACAUGCUUUAUUGGAUAUUUUCACAAUUAUUGGAGCACCCAGCGUUUUACAGUCUGAACACGGAAGAGACUUUUCUAGCCAGAUCGUCAGUAAACUGAGCCUAAUGUGGUCAAAACUAAAAAUUGUCCAUGGAAAGCCCCGGCCCUGUCAGGGCCAUGGUUCUGUGGUACAACCUAAGGAGGAUAUCCAGAGUAUGAUGAUCUCCUGGAUGCAAAAGAACAAUUCCUUGCACUGGUCUGAAGGUCUUUGGUUCAUUCAAAUGAUGAAAAAUCAGCCCUUCCACAGAAACAUGCAGCAUAGCCCAUGUGAAAUUGUAUUUAACUCAGAAAACAAAGUUGGUCCGUCUACUUCUAACUUAACUGAAGACAUUGCCCAUUUAAACACAGAGGGUCAUUUAGAACAAUCUGAAAAGAAAGAAGAAAAUAGCCUGAAAGUUAAUAAGGCUGGAACUGACAGUAGUGAUGUGGAAGAGAACCUUGAUAUAGCAACUCCUAAAGUAGCUGAACUCACUUCACCUCAGGGCAGCUUAAAUUUUUCAUCCUGUGUGGUUUGUGAAAAAGAAUGGACUAGUGCUCGCUGUAUACUGUGUAAUAGGGAUGUCCAUGCAAUCUGUGGCAUAUCCUCCUGGGAUGAGGUGGAGGGAUGUAGCCCAAAAGUCACAUGCAGUUUUUGCUGUGCAACUCAAACAAUGAAAAGGAAGCAUACCCAUGGAAGUUUGCCAACCCAGGCAUCCAAAAUGCGAAAACCAUCAGAGGCCCAGUUUUCACCAGCCAAAGGAGGAGACUGGCGUAGGAGAGACUUCCGAGAGUCGGUGUUUUGGAAGCGCAGAGGCUUCUGGGAAACGAAGUCCAGAGACUUUGGCGCAAGCGCACUACUUCUCAGAGCCGGCAGACGCGCUGGCUGCUCCACUCCCGGCCCCGGAAUCGACUGCCCUGAACCAGUGGAGCUUGUGAGAAAGACCCUUGGAGAUAAUCUGUCACCUACACCCAGCUGCAGUGACCUAUUCCAGUAUAGAAUGUCAGCAGAAUAUAGCAGGACUCUUCCUCCACAAGGAGAAAAGGGAUUUUGGAUAGUGAAGGUAGAAGACCAGGAGGACCAUGUUUGGGAACAAGAAUCCUGCUUACAAGGAAAUAACCCUCCCUGUCAGGAGAUCUUCCGUCAGCGUUUUAGACAGUUUACCUACCACCACACCCCUGGGCCUCGUGAGGCUCUAAGCAGACUCCGGGAACUGUGUCAUCAGUGGCUGAGGCCAGAGAUGCACACAAAGGAACAAAUCUUAGAGCUGUUGGUCCUGGAACAGUUCCUGACCAUCCUUCCUGAAGAAUUGCAGACUUGGGUGCAGGAGCGUCGUCCAGGGAGCGGAGAAGAGGCAGUGACUGUGCUGGAGGACCUGGAGAAAGAACUUGAUGAACCAGGCCAGCAGGUUCAGACCCAUGGACAUGGGCCAGGAGUUGUCUGGACAGAGAGGACACCUCUGAGAAAAUCAAAGGAAUCACUGAAUAUGCAACCCAUUGAAAUCCAGCUCAAGUGUGAAUCUAAGGAGUCUUCUCUCCUACAAAAUGGUUAUCAGAGUAAGACUAAGAGCAAGUGGCCAACUCAUAAACAGAAAACAUCUGAAGUAGAAUCACUGAGGGCAAUGUCACAAACACCCCAAGGAUGCAUAACUGAGGGACUUGAUUUUCAAAAAGACUGUGAAUGUGAAGGUACCUUAGAAAAGCAGCAUAGAAAUGCUGGAGGGGAAAGACUGAAUGGUUCUCAUUUGCAGGAGCAAGAUUUCAUGCAAGUUACAGUCACUCACAGCAUUAUCCCCCCAGUCAAGAGAGAUUUUGAGCAGAAAGAGUGUGAAAGAAGCUGUAGUUUAGGCUCAACCCUCAUUUUACAUCAAAGAGAAAGACUUCAUAGAUGUGAUACAUGUGGCCAGACCUUCAGACAAAAUUCAGCCCUUAUUCAACACCAGAGAAUUCACAAUAGAAGAAAAUCCUAUGAAUGUCACGAAUGUGGAAAAGCCUUCAGAUGGAGCUCACAUCUUGUUCAACACCAGAGGAUUCACACUGGAGAGAAACCUUAUGGAUGUAAUGAAUGUGGUAAAGCCUUCAGGGGGAGCUCAGAUCUCAUUCAGCAUCGGAGAAUUCACACUGGAGAGAAACCUUAUGAAUGUAAUGAAUGUGGGAAGGCUUUCAGCCAGAGUUCAAAGCUUAUUAGACAUCAGAGGAUUCAUAGUGGCGAGAAACCUUAUGAAUGUAAUGAAUGUGGGAAAUCUUUCAGUCAAAUUUCAGUGCUUAGCAGGCAUCAGAGAAUACACACAGGGGAACAUCCCUAUGAAUGUAAUGAAUGUGGGAAAGCUUUCAAUCAAAGCUCAGCCCUUACUCAGCACCAGAGAAUUCACACUGGAGAGAAACCCUAUGAAUGUAAUGAAUGUAAGAAAACCUUUAGGCACAGGUCAGGGCUUAUUCAACACCAGAAAAUUCACACCAGAAAGUGCUAUGAAUGUUAUGAAUGUGGGAAAAGGUUUAACCGGAGUUAUGACCUGAUUCGACAUCAAGUUAUUCAUACUGGAGAGAGACCGUUUUCCUGUAAUGAAUGUGGGAAAACCUUUAAGCGAAAAUCAACACUUAUUGAACAUCAGAAUAUUCAUACUGGAGAGAAACCUUAUAGAUGUAAUAAAUGUGGAAGAGCCUUCCGACAGAACACAGGCCUAGUUGAACAUCAGAAAAUUCAUACCGUUGAGAAACCCUACAAAUGUAAUGAAUGUGAAAAGGCUUUCAGUAAUAGUUCAAGCCUUCUUCAGCAUCAGAUUGCACACACUGGAGAAAAACCCUACAAAUGUGAUGAAUGUGGCAAAGCUUUCAUAAAUAGCUCAAGUCUCCUUCGACAUCAUAAUAUUCACAAAGGAGGAAAACUUUAUAAAUGUGAGGAAUGUGGGAAAACUUUGAGUAAUAGCUUGAGCUUUUUUCAGCAUUUGAAAAUUCAUACUGGAGAGAAACCAUAUAAGUGUAAUGACUGUGGAAAAGGUUUUAUAUGUAAUUCAUACCUUGUUGAACAUAAAAGAAUUCAUACUGGAGAGAGACCAUAUGUAUGUAAAGAAUGUGGGAAAGCUUUCAGGCGGUCCUGGAACCUUACUGAGCAUCAGAGAAGUCAUAACUCAGAGAAAUCCUACAGGUGUACUGAGUGUGGAAAAGCUUUCAAGAAUAGCUCAAGUCUUUUUCAUCAUCAAAGAAUCCAUAGUGGAGGGAAACCUUUUGACUGUAAUGAAUGUGGUAUGGCUUUCAGGCGCAAAUCACGUCUUAUUGACCAUCAAAGAAUUCAUACUGGAGAAAAACCAUACGAAUGUGACAAAUGUAUGAAGAGUUUUAGUCACCGUUCACAACUUCUUGAACACAUGAGAACUCACACUGGGGAAAAGCACUAUGAAUGUAAUCAGUGUGGAAAAUCCUUUACUAGGAAUUCAGGCCUUUUACGUCACCAGAAAAUACACACUGGAGAAAAACCAUAUGAAUGUAGUCAGUGUGGGAAAGCAUUUAGCAAUAGUUCAUGCCUCAUUGAGCAUGAAAGAAUACAUACUACAGAAAAACCUUACAAAUGUAAUGAAUGUGGGAAAGCUUUCUGUAAGAAAUCAUACCUCACUGGACAUCAGGUAAUUCACUCUAAAGAAAAACCCUACAAAUGUAAUGAAUGUGGGAAAUCAUAUAGUCGACGUUUCCGUCUUGUUGAACAUCAGAGAAUUCAUACUGGAGAGAAACCCUACGAAUGUAGUGAAUGUGGGAAAGCUUUUAGUCGAAGUGCACUUUUUAUUAAACACCAGAUAAUUCAUACCAAAGAGAAGCCCUAUAUAUGUGAUCAAUGUGGCAAAGCUUUUAGUCUGAGAAAACAUCUUGUUCAACAUCAGAGAAUCCAUACUGAAGAAAAACCUUUCAAAUGCAGUGAAUGUGGGAAAGCGUUCAGGCACAAGUCAACUUUUCAUGACCAUCAGAAAACACACACUGGAGAUAGACCCUGUAAAUGUAAUGAAUGUGGGAAGUCUUUCAAUCGGAUCUUUCACCUUAUUGAACAUCAGCGAACUCAUACUAAAGAAAAACCUUAUGAGUGUAAUGAAUGUGGGAAAUGUUUUAGUCGGAGCUCAGUCUUUAUUAAGCACCAGAAAAUUCAUACUAAAGAGAAACACAAUUAAUGUAAUUAAUAAGGGAAAGCUUUUAGUUUAAUACCACACUUUGUUGAAUAUUGAACAAUGUCUACCUGGAAAAAAAUGAAUGUGGAGAAAGCCUUCAAUAAGAGCUUACAUGAUGCAACACAACCAUAUUUACAUGAUGCAAACCAGUUAUUUUAAGAAAUGGAAAUUCAGUCCUGUCUCAAGCAAUGUUUCAUAUAAAACAAGGUAUUGGUUGGAUAGUGUCCCUCUUAUCUCCAUAGGGCAGUCCUGUCGACUCAGAAAUAUAGGGAACUAUAUUUUUAAAGGCCAAUCCCUCAUUGCUUCUUGUCUAAACUAUUGCAGUGGCCUCUAAUUGGGCUCCCUGCUUCUAGUCUCUCUUCUCUUUCAAAACUAUCCUCAGCAUUUCUGCCGGGUUGAUACUCCUAAACACAUA